UUAAGUGAGUGUGGCUAUGCUUCUCAACACCAGUGCAUAUUUGUUAAAUCAACCAAAAAUUGUUACGAUUUUCUCCUUUCACAGUAUUGACUUCUCUGGCCGAUCAUUCUAACAAUGACAUCGUUUAGAGAACGGCAGAAAAGCCUUUUUAACCAUCUAAAAGAUGCCGAGGAACAAAUCAGCUUCUCCAAACACAAUAAAGCUGAAACUCCGCAUGACAAUGGAGAAAUGGACCGCAGGCACUACAGAAAACUAAAACAUGAAAUGAAGCAGUUCAGAGGUAAAGAAAGUAUUUAUAAGAGACCCGAAGCUUCUAUGAGGGACUGUUUACGAGCGAGAGGAAUCCCAGAAUACGUGAAAAAUCCCAGAAAAUGGGUGUAUUAUUCAUUGUCGGAUGUGACACAAGAGCAGAUGUCAGAUUCCACUAAUUCUGCCACAGCACAUGCUUUCAUCCGUGAAUUAGAAGAAAGAGAAGCUGCUAAGACUAGAAUGGAACAAGACUGUGAAGGGCCUGAAGAGUUUGUCUUCAAGAAACCCAUUUUCCAUGUAUCAGCCACAGUGAAAAAAGCAAUGGAACCAGAAAUACCAAAAGCGGUAUUUAAAAGCAGUAAAGUUCUGAUGCCUGAAUAUGUUGUGGGAAGAGCACAAAAGAAAGAAAAGAAACCUGUAAGAAAACAAUUGCCUGAAAAUAAUGAGGAUGAUGAGAAGAAAGCGGCACUGAAGUUAAAUCAUCUUUAUGAGGAUGAUGGUGAAGAUGAAAAUUAGUUGUAAUUGACAUGUUAAUUAAACAUAACAUUGUGUUGCUAUUAUAUUUUAUUAAUUAAGGAA